UGAACAAUUUAAAUUUAGUAGAGAUUCUGUUGGAUAUUUUUCAAAAAAAUUAUGAGGUUAUAAAACCAAUAAACGACGUUGCCAAAUUUCGGGUGGCGUUUUCUAAAAUGUUGAUUUGAUAAACCCUAUAAGCAGCUGCUGUCUUUUUUUAAUCGUGUUCAUUGAAGAAGGAUAGAAUACAAACAGUUGUUGAUCCGAUUGGCAAAUCCGAAAAGGUAUUUUGUCAAACUCAAAAACUAAGGUUAGGAUAUUUUUUGAAAAUCCUCAAAAGUAGAUAAAUUUUUAAUUUAAUAUUUUUUUUUCUUACAAGAUGGCACAAGAAAAUAAACUAAAAACGGGGCCUCGAGAAUCGGUAAAUUAUCCUGUUCAAGUGGUCUAUUGCGGUAACUGCACAAUGCCUAUAGAGUACUGCGAGUAUUAUCCCGAAUAUGAGAAAUGUAAGCAAUGGCUAGAGAAAAAUCUCCCUAGGGAAUUCGAAAAGGUAAAAAUAGGUGACGGUAGCGAUUCUCCUGCAGGGGACGAAGAAAAGAAACGCCAAAAGCGAGGCGGUAAGGGAAUCAUCAAAACUAAAAAGAAGGAAGAAGGGCCUAAGCAAGUGUGCGUUUCUAGGGCUCCCAGAGGCAAAAAGAAGUCUGUUACUGUUGUCACAGGCCUUAGUACUUUUGAAAUUGAUCUCAAGGUAGCAGCUAAAUUUUUCGGACAAAGAUUUGCUUGUGGCUCUUCAGUUACUGGAGAAGAUGAAAUAGUUAUUCAAGGGGAUGUUAAAGAUGAUUUGUUUGAUGUUAUUCCUGAAAAAUGGCCUGAAAUUGAUGAAGAUCUAAUUGAAGACUUGGGAGAUCAAAAGAGAUAGAACGUUUUACUAAUUUAUUGAAUAUAAAAGCUAAAUUUAAUCUGAGUUUUCUUCUUCUUCUUCCUCUUCUUGAUUGUCAUCUUGUUUUGCAGGAGCUAUAUGAGGAAAAUGCUGCACAAGUAUAUUUAAUAUUUGCUGUACUUGUUCUUCUGUUAAUCUAUCCUCACUUUCUUCUAUCAUCUAAAAAAAAAUUGGCUCUAAAUAAAAUUUAAAAUAUGUUUAUGUUUAUGACUCACUAAUUGAAUUUCUAAUGCUGUUGUUGGAGGUGUAUUCACCAGCAUUAGUUUUUCACUUUUAUUCAAAUUAAAUGGUUCCAAGUCCUUUAUACAAGCAGCUAUACUUUCAGCUGUUUGAUUUUUGCAUUGGGCUUCUUCCAGAUAGUGUAAAGUCUAAAAUAAAAUGUAGAAUUUUGGUAGUUAAACAUUAAUAAUUAUACCUCGUAAGUUAUAGUUGCCAAUUGGCCUCCGUGUUUGAUUUUGCUUUCUUUGAUUUUUUGUAAAUGCUUUAGCACUUCAUAGUUGCUCAGAGAAGCCGAAUUAGAGUUGACACUAAAAAAAUACAUUAAGUAAAUAGCUUUAUUGAUUUUAAUUUCUUACAUUUCCAUAAUUAAAUAUAAAAUUCCUCUAAUCUGGGAAAUAAAUUGUUUGUUUAUUUUUUUGUUUGAGGUUAACGUUAAUUUUCAUUGUCACCUGUAAGCAGUGUUGCCAGAUGGAAAAAAUAAAAAAUGGUACGGGUCAUUUAAAAAAAUGGUAUUUCACACACAAAAAAUGGUAUCCUAAAUUCUAAAGGGUGAAGGGGGUUUAUUGUUAUAUUUUACUAUCUGUAUUUCUGAAGGUCUGAAAAACACGUCGAAAACCGUCCCAAGAACGUUUCAAAACCACGCUGUCUGUAUUUUAUUGCAAUUCAAAGGAUUUUAACACAAAUCUAACAACAAAAAAAUAACAGCAAAAAGGAAAAAUAUAAGUCAUUCGAUAAAACAACUAAACAUCACCGGAACAAAGAGCAUAAUAAUUGUUGAAAAUGGUAUAUGCAAAAAAUGGUAACUUUCAUCGAAAAAUGGUAGAAAAAUGGAAAAUGGUAUCCUUAAAAUUUGGCAGUGGAUAGAGGUCUGAAAAUUCGGAUCUCUAGUGUUCAUACUAAAGCAGGGCCGGCCCUACCAUAAGGCGAACUGAGCGAGCGCUCCAGGCGCCAGACCUCGGGGGGCGCCUUCGACUUGUUCCUUGGUAAUAAAAAAAAGGGAAAAAUAUAUUAUCGCUUUGACUUCUGUCUCUGCUUUUCGAUAUUUUGCUUUUCUGCUUGUGAGCAAGCUUGUGCUUACUUAGUAUGUGAAUAACCUGUCCUGACGUUUUUUUGAGACGCGCACGGAUCGUGGGUGUGGUGGCGCCCUUACUCGAGCAUUUGAUCACGAUAUUUCGGAUAGUGAUAACGGUCACCUGAAAACAGUCCUGCGUUAGCAUUUAAUAAUUGGCAAGAUACGUUUCCUUAUAUCUGGACAGCUGUCCGUAUUUUUGUUACCAUUCCUGUUACAGUGCCGAAAGGUGAACGGAGCUUUAGUAAGCUUAAGGUAAUUGAAACCUACCUUAGCGGUCAACUCUAGCAGAAUAAAGAAACCUUCAAGAUCUAGCCCUGCUGUCCAUUGAAAAUGUUAUAGCUCAGAUAUUGUCAUAUGAGGAUUUAUGAAUAAAGCUAAUGCAAAAGUAUGCAAACACCAAUUUACCUAAAAUUUCGUAUUUUGUUUUUUCGAUUUUUAUAUUUAUUAGGCCCGGUUUAUUUAUAUUCAGAUAAACUUGCGGGUAAUUAUCGGCAAGAUAAAUUUACCGUUCUAUAAAUCUAUUGGUCGGCGCAUAGCUGGCCAACCAAUGGGAUAAGAUAUUGCAUUUUUAUCGUUCAGAUUGCAUACCUGACACCUGACAGUUUAUCAGAAGGUGAAUAAACCGGCCCUAAUGGCCGUUUCCACAAACUAUGGGCACUUUCCAAAUUUCACCGAUAAAUUGACCGGUUAAAUAAACCGGUAGCUGUCAAAAAAUUCCGGUAAAAGUCAGAUGCAAGUCCGGUUACAAGAUUUUUCUGGUGCAUUUUGGAACGCUUUGGUGUCAAAGUUUGGUGGUGUUGCUUAUUAUUUUUUGGAAUGGGUUUUUUUGUGGGAUGCAGUGAGGUUGGUAUGUAUUUUUAUUAUUUUUAACAGUCAACAAACGGUAGUUUUCACUUUUCAGUACGAUUUUUGUAGAUUAUGUGAGCUGAGUAUUUGAUUUGUCGAGUGCAUAAUGACGCCCACGCACAAACAUUUUUUUAUUCUGCAAUCUGCAAGCAGCAAUUUAACGAUAGACUGCCAAUAGUACCCAUUCAAAGCAAUUAAAUUAAUGUACGUCAAAAAACCUCCAACCGAAAAAACCGACAAAAAUUCCCGGUGGAUUCGGUGCCUCACCGGCUUCAAACAACUGAUCAUUCCGGUCAAUUUUGGAACGAACGAUCGGGUUCUACCGGUAAAAAGUCGGUACAUUUUGGAACAGUUUGGUAAGUAAACUAUUAAACCGGUAUCGCGCCGGUUCAGAAACCGGUGAAUUUUGGAAAGUGC